GUUAAAAAGGAAAAAAGAUAAAACCAUUCCGAUGUCUGAAAAAAAAUCCUGGACAGGGAUAUCAUUGAUAAUCAGAAGCAAAAAUGGCGACAAAGCUUCUUCAUCCUCAAACCCCAACUUCCCACGUGCUUCCUUUUUCGAUACCAUCUCUACCAAAGAUGUCCAGAAGUCACACUCAAAGGCCGCCUUCAUUCAAUAACUCAAUCCAAUUUUUCCUACCAAAAUCCAAUUUCGCCAUUAAAGUUGCAGAACCAAGCUCUAACAUAGUAGGCGCCAAUGAAGACGAGGAUAUAGCAACUGAAGAAUCUCCGGUAGAUUAUUCAACAAUCACUCGACUCAAAACAGACAUUAAUAAAGCUCUGGAAGGAUACAAUCGAGGCAUUUUUGGAAUGCCAAGUGAGAAGAAAUCGGAAAUUGAAGAUAUGGUGAAGUUGCUUGAGUCUCUGAAUCCAAAUCCACACCCAACUCUCGAUCUUGAUAAGUUGGGUGGAUGCUGGAAGCUAAUAUACAGUACAAUAACCAUCCUUGGAUCGAGAAGAACGAAAUUGGGAUUGAGAGAUUUUAUCAGUUUGGGAGAUUUCUUGCAGAUUAUUGAUAUUGUUAAGGGGAAAGCAGUCAAUGUGAUCAUGUUCAAUGUGAGAGGUCUGAAUCUCUUCAGUGGGAAGCUUAUAAUCGAGGCCUCCUUCAAGAUUUCUACCAAUUCAAGGGUAGACAUAAGUUACAACACCUCAACUAUUAUCCCUGACCAGUUGAUGAACAUGUUUCGGAAAAACUAUGACAUUCUUCUUGGGAUUUUUAACCCUGAUGGUUGGUUGGAAAUAACAUACGUGGAUGACACCCUAAGAAUAGGGAGGGAUGACAAAGGCAACAUCUUCAUAUUGGAGAGAUCAAAGGAAACUAAUCUUUAAGUCUUGGUUUCAUAUUCCUGUUAAGAAAAUUCACAUUUUUGGCAAAUAUGUUGUUAUUUUUUUAUUUUUAUUUAAAGAAACAAAGGUUUAGAGAUUAUUAUGUAAAUGUUUCUGACAUGAUUUAAUGUUAAA